GUCGAGGUUUAUAUAUGACCGGCUCCGGGUUAUUCUGUGCCGUGAUGCUGACAUAAGCCGAGCCCGUGGUUUGAUGGGGACCCUGUUCUCUUUUCCUUCCGCCCGUCCGCGACCCCCCCGUCGACCGUCCGCACGACCCGAUAUGUCAGCCAUCCCGACCGACGAAAUCGACGCUUCCCUGGAUAUCCAGCAGCAGCAGAACAUACAGCAAGUCCAGCCCCAGCAACAAUCCGGUUCAGCUUCUGACACCCCCAGAAAACCCAAGGCCCCGUCUGUUCGACGGGCUUGUGUUGCCUGCCAUACUGGAAAGACCAGAUGUAGCGAAGUAUUGCCUUGCCAGUCUUGCUUGAAGCGCGGUCUUGGGGCAACAUGCGCGUACCCUGAUCCCGACGCCCAAGACCACAGCCACCCUCCCCCGGCGGCCACCCCCGCCUUCAACGCCCCGCCCCCCAUCUACGCCCCCACCCCAAACCUCAACCACACCCAGUACUACGACUACAACGGCGCCUUUACCGGCGCUUCUUCCUCCACUUUCCGUCCAUCAAAGCGCCCUCGCAACCUCACAGAGGAAGAAGCUGCCGCCAUCACCCGCAAUUUUAGCAGAGGCGAUUUUUACGUUGGAAGCAGUGCUCCGGUUAGGAUUGAUCCUCGUUUGCCUGUUAGGCUCACUUUGGGUGAGGGGGACCAUGUGCAUUUUACUGUUGGCGAGGCUUUGGUGUAAUUGUAUGAAUAUUCUGUAUAUUUUUGAGUACCGUUUAUGUUACGCUUUUCCUGUCUCCGAAACAUUGUUCGUAGUACUCUCACCGGCUGCUUAUCCGCUCGGCGUAUAAACUGAGACGGUCACUCAACUUCAAGUUUAUAUUCACACACCAGGGAC